AUGGUGAAAAAAGUCGUCGAUUCCCGAGUGCACACCCUUAUCAAGAAUUGUGUGCAAACCAAGCACCGUUCUUUCUUUGUGGUUGUUGGUGAUAAGGGAAAGGAUCAGAUCGUCAAUUUGCAUUGGCUUCUUUCUCAAGCUCAAGUCACUGCUCGUCCAUCGGUGCUCUGGUGUUACAAGAAGGAUCUCGGAUUUACAAGUCAUCGCAAGAAGCGUGAAGCCAAGAUCAAGCGAGAGAUCAAGAAGGGAAUUCGUGAGACCAACACUGAGGAUCCUUUCGAGUUGUUCAUUUCAGUGACGGAUAUCCGAUACACCUACUACAAGGAGACGCACAAGAUCCUUGGUAACACUUAUGGCAUGUGUAUCCUGCAAGAUUUUGAAGCCAUUACUCCCAACACGUUGGCUCGUACCAUUGAAACAGUCGAAGGUGGUGGUAUGGUGGUCCUCCUUCUCAAGAGCAUGAGCUCUCUCAAGCAAUUGUAUACCAUGACUAUGGAUGUUCACUCGAGAUAUCGCACCGAAGCACACAGCGAGAUUGUUGCACGAUUCAACGAACGUUUUAUUUUGUCACUUGGCAACAGCGAGAAUUGUUUGGUGGUGGAUGAUGAAUUGAACGUGCUUCCUAUCAGCAAGGGCAAACAUGUCAAGCCAUUGCCAUUGAAGUCCGGCGACGAAGCCAAGACUGAGGAGGAGAUGGAAUUGGAGGAAUUGAAGGAAUCGCUUGCUGAUACAGAGCCUGUUUCAUCUUUGGUGAAGGGUACCAAGACGAUUGACCAAGCCAAGGCGGUGCUCACCUUCAUUGAGGCCAUCUCUGAAAAGUCGUUGCGUAGCACAGUGGCCUUGACAGCAGGUCGUGGUCGUGGUAAAUCAGCAGCAUUGGGUAUCGCUAUGGCAUCAGCAGUUGCAUACGGCUAUUCGAAUAUCUUUGUCACAUCGCCCAGUCCUGAAAACUUGAAGACUCUCUUCCAAUUUGUCUUCAAGACUUUUGAUACGCUUGGUUAUGAGGAGCAUUUGGAUUAUGAUAUCGUACAGUCCACCAAUCCUGAUUUCAACAAGGCCAUUGUUCGUGUCAAUAUCUUCAGACAACAUCGUCAAACGAUUCAGUACAUUCAACCCCAAGAUGCCCAUGUUCUUGGUCAAGCUGAAUUGCUUGUCAUUGAUGAAGCUGCUGCUAUUCCUCUUCCCGUUGUUCGCAAGUUGCUCGGUCCUUAUCUCGUGUUUAUGGCAUCGACGAUCAAUGGUUAUGAAGGCACCGGUCGAUCCUUGUCCCUAAAGUUGAUUCAACAACUUCGUGAGCAAUCUCGUGGUUUCAUUGGCAAGUCCGGCAGUGUAGCCAAGGAUGCUUCUGGUGAAAACGUUUUGGUGGAUCGCUCCAUGAAUGCUAGAAAGGCUGAUGAAGCUGAUGGUUCCUCGGUGGGUGGACGUACUCUUAAGGAGAUCAAGUUGGAGGAGCCCAUUCGUUAUGCACCCAAUGAUCCUGUUGAAAAGUGGUUGAACAAGUUGUUGUGCUUGGAUGCAUCGGUCAUUUCCAAGAAUAUCCAGGGUUGUCCUCAUCCAUCCGAAUGUGAGCUUUACUAUGUCAACCGUGACACCCUCUUUUCGUACCAUGCUGUCAGUGAAACCUUUUUGCAACGUAUGAUGGCUUUGUAUGUCGCCAGCCACUACAAGAACUCGCCCAAUGAUUUGCAAUUGAUGAGUGAUGCUCCUGCCCAUCAUUUGUUUGUACUCUUGCCAUCGAUGUCUGAACAACAAAGCAACAGCUUGCCCGAUCCUUUGGUGGUUGUCCAAGUAUGUCUUGAAGGUGAAAUCUCGCGUCAAACCGUUGUCAAUUCGCUUUCACGUGGUCAACGCCCCGCUGGUGAUAUGAUUCCAUGGCUCUUGUCACAACAAUUCCAAGAUGAAGAUUUCGCUAGUUUGUCGGGUGCUCGUGUGGUGCGCAUUGCUACUCAUCCCGACUAUGCAAACAUGGGCUAUGGUUCACGUGCAUUGGAGCUCUUAAAGUCAUAUUAUCAAGGCGAGAUUGUCAAUCUUAGUGAAGAAGCUGGUCAAGAUGAUGAUGAAUUCAAGCUUGUGGAUGAUGACGAAUUGGAAAAUGCCGACUUGAGUACAGAGCUUGUGAAGGUGCGUGAGAAGAUGCCACCUUUGUUGACCGAGCUUAGCCGAAAGAACCCACCACGUUUGGAUUACCUUGGUGUGUCCUAUGGUUUGACACCCUCGUUGCACAAAUUCUGGAAACGCUCCGGUUUUGUACCUUUGUAUGUGCGUCAAACACCCAAUGAUUUGACCGGCGAACACACCUGUGUCAUGAUCAACACAUUAAGCAGCACCGUUUCAACCGCACCAUGGCUUGAUGCUUUUGCACGAGACUUUUCAAAGCGAUUCCUCAACUUGCUUUCAUACCAGUUCAGUGAUUUCCCCGCAUCCAAUGCCUUAAGUGUGCUUGAAGCUGCUAAACAAGGUCAAGAAGAUCAUUCCGAAGAGCUCACUCGUUCGGCACUCAACUUGUUCUUUACGCCUUACGAUUUGAAACGUCUCGAAUCCUACUCGAACAACAUGCUUGAUUACCAUGUGAUCCUCGAUUUGAUCCCUACUGUUGCUAUGCUCUACUUUCGUGGUGAGAUGGGCAACGAUGUCAAGUUAUCAGGUGUACAAAGCGCUCUCUUGCUUGGUAUUGGUUUGCAACGCAAGAGUGUGGAUGAUUUAGAACGUGAACUUGGCCUUGCCAGCAACCAGGUGCUCGCCAUGUUUGUCAAGAUUGUGCGUAAAGCAAGCCAAUUCUUUACCAAUGUCCAAAGCAAAGCUAUCGAGGAAGAGUCCCCUGAUCUCAAGCGCAAAAAGCUCGAAGCUGAAGCUGAAGAUAUGGAAGAAGACAAUGAGGAAUCAGAAAAGCGUGACAUUAUGGAUGAUGAUGCUUGGGUGCCUCUUAAGGAGACCUUGGAUAGUGAGCUCAAGGAAGCUGGCAACGAAGUUUUGGAUGGUUUCCGAUCCAAGCAGCGUGAAAUGAUUGAUUCAUUGGAUUUGUCGAAAUACGCUAUUGGUGGUGAUUCCAAGGAUUGGGCUGCUGCUGAAGCUCAAGUCGAUGCCAUGGCUUCUGGCAAGACCAAGUCGUCGCUUGUAAGUGUCAAGAAUGCUCAAUCCACCAAGAAACGCAAGGCUGCAUCUGCAAAGGAGAUCACUGCACAAGAAAAGAAGGGCAUUGAACAACGCAAGAUCAAGAUGUCUAAAAAGACAAGACGUUCAUAG